UUUCAUGGGUUUGAGAUUUUUCGUUGUUAAGUAUUCGUUUGUGUUAUUAUUAAUGUUGUUCAACAUGUUUUUUAAUAAUUUUAUAUGACAUUAUUAACUUUUUAUGUUAUGUUUUGUUUGUAACAUUAGUAAAAGUGAAAUUGUGUUUUCAAUUUGUUGGUACUUGAAGUUUAUUUACUAUUACAUCGUAUUAUCAAUUUGGUUCGCAAUGAUUUAUAAUCAUUUGAAGUGCUAUUAUCAAUAUUUUUUUUCCAAGCACAAUACAACCAUUAGCAAAAAUUUGAUUCAUUUGUAAGAUUUCUUAUGUUUAGUAAUUUGAAUUAUUAAUAUUUUUACCGUUUAUGUUUGUAACUCUGUCAAAUGUCAUUAUCAAGAAGCAUACUUGUUAGAUAUUCGUUUGUUUAUGACAUUAUCAAAAGUGAAUUUACGUUUAAUGAUAUAACUAUGGUUAUUAAUCUUUCAGUCUAAGUUAGUAACAUAGUUUGGUGUCAUUAUUAAUAGGCGUGUAUAAGCAUUAUCAAUGUUUGAAAAUAAGAUAUUAAUAAUAUCUAAUAAAAUACUUAACAAUCAUUAGUUGCUAUCAUUAUCAACGUUUUUGGAUGCAUUAUCUAUUAAACACAUGUUACUUAUUAAUGCGUUUUAGUGCUAUUUGACAUUAAACAUUGCAUCUGAAUAUUAUUAAUAUUUUUAUAUUACAAAAAUUUAUUUCCUUAUCAGUGACUUGAUCAUCCGAUAUUAAUGGUUUUUAAUAUCUUUAUUAAAAGUUUGAUGUCAUUUAUAAUGUUGAAGUCGGACAUUUUUACAUUGAUGUUUUGUGUUUAUUUUCAACGAAAUACUUUUUGUUAUCAAUGAUUUAUUGUAUUGUUAUUAAAAGUUUGGUGUUGAGGUGUGAAUGUUGAUUUGCUUGAGCUAAUAUUUUUCUGGACAAUGUUUGUUUGACUGAAUCACACACGUGCACUAUGUCACAAGUACCCAAGAUGUUGAAAAUUAGUAUUGUGCUUUAUGAUCAUUGAGAAUGAUAAUGUAAAGCAAUAUUAAUUGAUCAUAAAACGUUAAUAAUGUCAUUAGAAAUCAUUGGAAGAGGCCAUGACUAGAUAGUUAUAAACAUGAAGUGAAAAUGUGAAUAAUUAGUACUAAAGAUGUUGUAAAUCAAUGAUAUUGUUAUUCAAACUAUUAAUGACUAUGUUACAUAACUUUAAUGAUUCAUUCAUAGGCGUUGAUGACGAAACUAUAAAACAGUAACAAUUUAUCCAAAAUUGUUAAUAAUGUAAUUGUAAGGAAUUGAUAAGUAUAUUGAAGUCGUUAAUAAUGAUGAGGUAUAAUAAUAACGAUUCAUUUCAUAAAUGUUGAUAAUGUCAUUGCAAAAUGUUAAUACUGUAUUGCAAGUUGCCACGAAGUGAGAGAGAGUAUAUAUUUUUAAUUUUCAUUUUCAUUUUAAAAAAUAAAAAAAUAUUAAGUUUGAAUUUAUUAAAUAUUAAAUAAUAAUAUUUAAUUAAAUUAAUUUCGAAUUUUCUUUUAAUUGUAGUGGAGAGAGAGUUAUGGAGAAGAUCAAGGGGGAGAGAGAAAGAGAAUCAUUAAUGAGUAAUAUUAAUUAUAUUUUCAUAAUAUCUUAUUUAUUCCAACUAACUAUUAAUUACUAACCCCUCAUUAACUACCUAAUCUAGUAUCAACCAAUAAAAAUGGUUUAAGAACCUCCUUAAACAAUGAGGCUUAAGGACCGGAUCCAACCCGGGAUGCUGAGGAGGGUCAUUCACGGAUUAGGUGGAUGUUUUGGCGGAAUAUGUGCCGGAGUAAACAUGAUGGCGGCAUGGAUUUUCGACGGUUUGAGCACUUUAACCAGACUUUGUUGGCCGAAAUUGGGUAGUGCAUUCUCAGGGAUCCAGAGUCGCUCCUUGCUCAAGUCUAUAAGGGGAAGUACUUUCCCAAGGGGACCUUCCUUGGUACUACAUCCCGAUCUCGUCCAUCAUGGGGAUGGCAGAGUAUUCUACAUGGUAGACAGCUACUAGAGCAGGGAUUAAGGUGGCAGAUUGGGAAUGGGCGUACUGCUCCUUUGCUUUCUGCUUGUUGGGUUCCCUGUACCCACCCCUAUGCACCGGUGCAUAAUCCUCGGGUCCUCCCUGGUGAGGGUGAUCUGACGGUCUCGGAGGUAAUUAUCCCUGGUGAGGGUAGGUGGUGUGAGGAUAAGUUGGAGCAAUGGUUUGACCCGACCACUUCUAGGGACAUCCGACGAAUCCCUCUUCCUUGCCAAGAUAUCGAGGAUAGGAAUGAUCUAGCAUUAGACGAGAGAUGGUAUUUUUACUGUCAAAUCUGCUUAUCAUCUUAUUGUGCUUUUGGAUCGGCAGCGAGGGCGAUGGCGGUCAGCGGCCAGUUGGAUGGAUAGGCCUAGUUGUCUCCGUUUGUGGGAAGCAAAUAUCCCGCCUAAGUUAAAAGUGUUCAUCUGGAAAUUUUCAACCGUAUCCUCCCUACCACGGAGGCCCUUAUUGAAAAAGAUAUUCUGGUGUUACCCCGGUGCCCGGUGUGUUGGGCCCAGAAUGAGAUAGUGGAGCAUUUAUUUCUUGAUUGCCCUGUGGCGAGGGCUCUUUGGGAUCACUUGGGCCUUGAGUAUGUUGGACAAGGGCUUCCCCGUCACACUUUCCCCGUUUUCUGAAGAGAGAUAUGAGUCUCAUUCAGGACCCACCCAUUUUUAUGGCAGUGACGGCCAUCCUGUGGCGGAUUUGGAAAUCCCUUAAUUGGGUUGUUUUUCAGGGUAAGCAAUUUGGAAUCCCCGCCUUAAUCCGGCAAUUUCACCAACAGUACCAGGAAUGGAGCUUCUUACCAAUUGAUCGUGUGACCCGGUCCUCGGGUGAUCGGGGGACCCAGGUUGUAGUGGGUGUGUUCCCGCUCUGAUUUGUAUGUGGGAUGGAGCUACCCGUAGUGGGUCUCACGCGGCUGGGGGUUUUGGUGUUACGAACUCGGGGGCGCGCUGCUCUAGGCACGUGGAUUGCAUGUUGCUGACAUUGAUGAUCUUAUGGUGGUCGAGCUAGCUGGAGAUUUUGUUGUUUGCGAGAUUGAGGAAGGUGAGGCGGUUUAGGUUGACGAUUUGGGAAGAGAUCUUGCCGGAGAGGCUGUUGCCGACGAGAUCCAGGCGUAGGUUGGAGAGCGAAGAGACGCAAUCGGGGAUUUCGCCGGACAGGCCCUUCUAGUCGGCGAUGAUGAGCGCGAUGAGCUGGUCAAACUUGCAGAUGGCAGGGGAGAUGGUUCGGGUCAUGUAGCCGGAAGUUUGGCCGACUUUAGUGAAGAUUAGAUCUUCCGACUCGCCGCGGAUUUAAGGGUUUGGAGUGCUGCUAGGUCGGCCGGCGGGCAGGCUACGAUGACGGUAAGGGAUUUCAAUUUUUAUAUUUUAAUAAUGUGGAGAUAUUAAAAGAAUUAAAUUUAUUUUUAUUAAUUUUUUAAUUGCCACGUCAGACAUCUAACCAUCAAAUGUUAAGGUUGACUGCCACAUCAGACAAACUUCAUGGAGAGUGACUAAACGUGGACUGUUUUACAAAUUCGAGUGACCAAAAUUGAUAUCAAUUUAUUCCAGUGACUAAACAUGACACAUUUUAAUAAACCCAAUGAUCAAACUUGGCAUUUACCCAAUAAAAAAUGUAAUUAUAG